AUGUUGAUCGCAACGAUGAUUCUCCUAUCGGCGCUUCAGGUGUUAUCAUUCACUGAACCAACGAUUCCUAAUUGGACAUAUCUGGCAUGUUACACAGAUACUGCUAACAGAACUUUCAAUUCGAUCCCUAGUGAGAUCACGUUAGGUAUUCAGAGUACGGUUAUGACUAACGAGGUGUGUGCGGGUAUCUGCACGGGUUAUUUGUACUCUGGCACAGAGGCUGGCAACGAGUGCUUUUGUGGCAAUGGUAUUAUGAAUAAUGGAACAGUAGCUACAGAUGGUCGUUGCACCUCUGCAUGCGUGGGGAAUGCUACAGAAAAUUGCGGAGGCACAUGGGGACUAAACUCAUACAUGGCUCUGAACUAUGUCGCAAACAUAACUGGACCCACCACUACUGCCUCUGGGUUCACCACCAUCGGAAAGCCAACAGCUGCAACAUCACCGAUACUACCGUCGCCUACUUCACCAUCGCCUGUCCUCCCGUCACCAACGUCUUUGUCCUUGGGCCCAUACAUGCAGACAUCUUGGUUCUUCGAUGGAUGUUUCGCUCCUAACCUCAACACUCAAUACAUCUUCGGCAUCUCCGUGUACUCUACGAUUCAGCCUUGCCUCCAAUACUGCUCCACGCAAAGUAAUGUAACAAGCAGCUUAUCAAUGUUGACCAUACUCGCAGGACUUUACGAGAAUGUUUGCUUCUGUAGCACCUCGAUGCAAGCAUUCUCUCUCACCCAAGACGUAGGAGGUAGUGGUGUAUCAUGUGUAGCGCAAUGUCUACAGAAUUCUGGAGUAGCUUGCAGUGGAGUCUUGGCUAUUGAGGUCACAAGUCUUGUUCCCCUGUUGCCGCUACCAAGCGCUGGUCCAUAG